GACUGUGCCGACCACCUCAUGGGCGGAGCCACGGUCAGCGGGGUGUACGAGAUCUACCCCUUCACGUGCACGUGCGGCAGGUCUGUGCAGGUGUGGUGCGACAUGGAGACGGACGGCGGCGGCUGGACGGUGUUCCUGAACCGCCAGAACCAGGCAAGCCAACUCGACUUCAACCGCACGUGGGACGAGUACAAGGAAGGCUUCGGCAGACCCUACGAGGAGUACUGGAUGGGUCUGGAAACACUUCACGUUAUGACCUUCGGACGCACCUACUCGCUGCGCCUGGACCUGGAGGUGGCGUCGUCGGGGCUGCGAGAGUACGCGACACACGCCAUCGUGAAGGUCGAGGACGAGGACACCGGCUACAAGAUCGUCACGAGCGGCACAGAGGCAGGAAGUUCCAACAGCCGAUACUGUUUUCGCUACAUGAACUACCGCUCCUUCACCACGGUGGACCGGGACUACGACUACCUGUAUAACGACAACUGUGCAGCCGCGCAGGGAGGCGCCUGGUGGUACUACAAUUGCAAGUACUUCAACCCCACCAGUACCUACGACUCCUUCAUCGCCCUAAACUGUUAUGGCACAAGCGAGAGGAACGUGACGAGUCUGCAGGUCAAGAUACGGCCGGCCAUCUGCGACACGUCCCUCAAGACCAUCCACGCGCGGGAAAUGAGCUGCGGCUGUUAGGGUUUCCAAGACGCCUCCCGCCCUCGCCACCUUCAGCUUCGUGUGAGAGGUGAAAAGCAAGCUGUGAACAUAAUAUAGUCUGAAGCACAUCCUGGCGUCGUGAGGACCUGUUUGCUUCACGAUAGUUUACAUCUAUAUGGGCUAGUUAUUUAUAUGUUAUUUAUCAUGUAACACGUAUGAAGACCCACUCGGUGAAGAAAGUAAUAGUGUAACAAACGUAAAUGUAAAUAUCAUCUAUUCCUAAGAGAGAGUUUCGAGAUAAGCCAUAAAAUUUAUCCGUUACUUUCGCUUAUACGAUCACUGAGAUUUCAUUGUAACACUGGUAAAGAGGAUGAUGAAGAAACACCCAUGAUCUUCAGCACGUCCCCGAGUUACACCUACACCGCUGGGGCAGGUGACGCAGCUCCGCACGCACCUCGUUGUGUUGCUGAUCAGGUGUGAGCGGUUGUCAUGAUAUUCAAUCACUACUGUAUCUAUUGGAGUAAUAAAUAUU